AUGGAUAAUGGAGGGGAUUUCGGUGAGGUUGUUGUGAUAGAAAUAAGUGGUAGGCAUAAGGUUUCAAACGAUUGCCUUCGCUGUGUUUCAUAUACACAAAAUGACAUGACGACCGUGUUGAUUUUGCUUGAAGAGGUUAUACGCAACUAUCACAUUAACCUGCUGCUGAUCUCUUUGAUGAUAUCAUUGAUUUGCCCUAAAAACCGCAAGCGUAAACGUUGGGAUCGUCUAAAUCAGUCAUUGGUUUUAGAUUCUAUUCCGGCUCAUGUACGUCAGCUGGAUAGACUAGUGCGUGUAACAGAUAGGGCAUGCGUAGAUAAUUUACGGAUGGAUAGGAACACCUUUGGGCGUCUAUAUCGCAUUCUUCGGGACCGGGUAGGAUUAAUUGAUCAAAGACUAGUCAGUGUGGAAGAACAAGUAGCCAUGUUCCUUUGUGUGCUAGCACAUCACAAGAAAUCUCGCAUCGUUGGGCAUAAUUUCAUGCGGUCGUCUCAGACUGUGUCAAAGUACAUACACAUUGUACUCCGUGGUAUUCUCACACUACAUAGUAUUUUUUUGGUGAAGCCCACCCCCAUAGAUGAAGAUUGCCCUGAUAUUAGGUGGAAAUGGUUCAAGGGUUGUCUUGGUACUUUGGAUGGUACUUAUAUCAAUGUGCGUGUUCCCAUUGCUGAUGUUCCUCGGUACCGUAAUCGUAAAGGACACAUCACUACCAACACAUUGGCCGUGUGUGACCCCAAGCUCAGAUUCAUUUAUCUAUUACCCGGAUGGGAGGGCUCUGCGGGUGACUCGCGGAUUUUAAGAGAUGCUGUCAGCAGACCAUUAGGCCUCAAAGUUCCCAAAGUUAAGUUUCAUAUAGUUGGUUGCUACUACCUAUGUGACAAUGGAUACCCCAACGCUGAAGGUUUCUUGACUCCUUAUAAAGCAGUUCGAUACCAUCUUAAGGAAUGGGGCGUCGGUCGGCAAGCUCCCCAGAAUGCGGCAGAGCUUUUUAACCUCAGACAUUCUAAGGCGAGGAACGUCAUCGAACGAUCGUUUGCCGUGCUGAAAAUGAGAAGGGGUAUCCUCCGAUCAGCAAGCUUUUACCCGAUAGACGUUCAAACCGGCCUAAUAAUCGCAUGUUUUCUACUUCACAAUUACAUACGAAGUCAGAUGGUGGUUGAUCCUGUGGAGGCUGAGUUGGUAAACGAGGAUUGUGAUGACGAAAGUGAUAAUGAGCCUCCGUUGGUUUGUGAUAAUAUCAGCAGUGUGGAACCCUCAGCAAUAUGGAAUACAAAAAGGGAUGAUCUGGCAAGGGCAAUGUGGGCCGAAAGAAAUAAUGGAUAG